UUUACGAACGGUUYGUUUCGUUUGACGGAAUCGCGUGUAGUGUCCGUAUUGUCGUUGAAUCGCAUUCGCAAGCAUCGCACGCUAACCUCGUGUACGGUUCGUUCUCGUUUUUUUGUAAGCCUACGAAAUUAUUGAAAAAUAUCUACAUAUUGUGCAAAUAUUAGCGCUUAUAUGAAGUAAAUGAACAAAAGUGUUAAUAAUUUGAUUAAAAAAAUUAUGAUAAAGUGUGUUAAAGUGCUAUACUGAGUGCGCGUUUUUUCGCAAAUAUCCCAUUGCCAAUACGAGCCCUUGAUCGGUGCAGUCGACGCGACAGCAGCCAGCAGCCAGAUUUGGUGACUUCGUGCGUCUUUUUAACGCUACACACGGCAUCGUUGUAUAUUUCGUGACGGUCCAGCGGCAACGCCAGUUCUGCUGUAAGCCAGUCAGUGAGUCAGUCAGGCAGCCAGCCAUCUCGUUCGCAAAACCGAGUAUAUCAGUUGGCAAAAAACUUAUUUCGAUUUCGUAUCCGUUUAUAUUGUUGUCGGCGGCAUCGUCAUUACGACACAUUUGAGCUCUGCUGCUUCAUUUUCGUUUGCGGCCGAAAUCUUUUCGUGCGUGUCGGUGCAUUUGUGUAAUGUCAACGUCAACACCUGACUGAAAGAACAAAAGCAACAAAAAAACUUGAGAAAGGCUGCUGUUGCCGGAAAGCGAACACUACGCUGUAUAAAAAACCAAAGCAACAAAAACAAAAUAAGUUAAGUAACCGAGACUCGAGGCAACGAAAUCGAACACUUGCUUAAAAUCAGACAGAAAUAAAAAAAUGCCACAAAACAAAAACAAAAAAAUCUUGAAAAAGUAAACAAGCAAACAAUAACAAAAAUAUAUAAAGAAAAUAUGAAAAUUCUUUUCACACAACUUUUGUCGUUUGUCAGUCUUAUAAAGUAAUAAAGCGAACGAAAGCGAGAGCAAAAAAAAAAAAAAAAGUUCUCUAAAAAUAAAAAUAAAAGCUGUUGCAGGAAAGCAAAAGUGUGUAAGUGAAGUUCUGUGCAGAACAGACGUUCAGACGGACGUUCCGAUAAAAAUAAUAUUGUAAUAUUAGCAACACAACAAGAACAACAACAACAACAUACGUGCGUUGUAACUGCAGUUAUAGUCGCGCCAAUAAUAAGCGGAAGCGCGUUGCUGCUGUUAUUAAUAUUUUCAAGCGUGUAUUCUUUUGUUUUUGCGUAAUUUUCUCUAUCUUUUCGUUGCUUUGUCGCGAUUGUCGUUAUUUCACUGCCAAUCUGUCGACCACCUUACAAGCGUUCGGACGUGAUUCGUAAGUGCGCGUGAAUUUGCAUUGCCUGCCGACCAGCGCGAGUGUGAGGCGGCGCAAAAUCAAUAGCGCGCAUUGUGAAAAAGCGUGAAAAUUUUCACACAAGGUAAAUGUGAGUGAAAUUAAAAAAAAAAGAAGAGCGCAAAUAGAUAAUUACGUGACGAAAAUAAAAGACAACUCAGCUGAUAUUUGAUUUGUCUUUGCAUGCGGCAAAACGUAAUCGAUUUGAGUUCAUUAUUUAAGCUUGAUUAGCUCUCGCUGGAUGUGCGGACAUUCCAAAAAAGGUAGUGAGCACCAUUAAACGUGAAAGUUCAACGGUCGCGUAACGGUUGUUUGAGAAAGUGCUGCGAAAAAAAUAUACAACAGAGAGUUCGUUCUUUCCUUCUUUCAACAAAAAAAAUAAAAAAAAAAGAAAAAAAUUGUGCCAACUGCAAUCCAAACUAACCGAUUCACCGCCACAUCUUUUACGCAUAAUUUUUAUUGAAUUUCUCCCUACGCUCUUUCCUCACGCCGCAAAGCUAAUAACCUCUGCCAUUGUCGCAUUGCUCCUGUACCCACCCAGCCACAUUGAAGUGUGACAGUUCAAGCACUCAAAGACGAGCUUUGAAUUUCGUAUUCAACAUUUAACCAGCUGUUGCCAUCACCAUUGUGUCGCCAUCAUUGUCACAGGCGUUGCCGACACGAGUCGCCAUUGUCACGCUGUGUGAAUAGUGUUCUUUGGAAAAACCUACAAACACAUCACUUUUUUGCGUUUGCCAGUUUUGUCUUUACUUCGUUUAAGUUGAAAAAUUACGCUGUAACUGAAAGUCGCACGCAUUCCGAUUUAUGCUGAAAAUGUAUUCGAACGCAGGAUAGCAGCGCUUGCCUAACAACCAACUUCAGCAACAACUAAAAUUUCGCAAAUUUUUCUUUUUUAUUUCGACUACGCUAUAAAUACCGCACGCAUGUGGCAACGGAAUUCGACGCAACAACCGCAACAACACCACACAAUUUGCAUUUUAGACACAAUAAUAUUUACGAAAACAACAAUACCAAAGGCAACAAAUUGCAACAGGCGGAAUUGAUAAGUGCACGUACACGUACACAAACAACAACUCACGCCCCCACCCCCCCGAAACCCCCCAAGAACGACAACAACGUGCGUGUCAAAGGCAACUAUGCAUUUGACACACCACAACAACAACGAUGAUGAAUGUGACAAUUCAAUAUCAUCAAUAAAGGCGACAACUGCAGCAACAAACACUUGCCACACACGUUGCAACGCAGGCAAACUGCAGCAACAACAUCGACAACAACAACUAAAUCAGCAACUGCAACAAAGUGUGAGUGGGAGCAGGCAUAAUAAGCUUAGCGGCGGUGGUUGCCACACUGCAGCAACACAGCAACGGCAAAAUGUUGCACAAAUACGAAAAUGGUGCGAACGACCACGAGUGUCAGAAGCACAACGCCAGCGGCCAACAAGCACGCCUGCAACAACAACUACGCGUUUAGCCGCGAGCAAACGCAACGUGUGGACCCAUGAUGCCCGCAACACAUUGGCCACACUGCUACAAAGUAGCAACUUUUUUACUUAUGCUUUUGUUGUUGUAAUAUUUUUAAGCAGCUACAGUGUGGCAAGUGUGCGCGCUGACAGCGAUAGCGCCACCGGCACGCCCAGCAACAACCCAGCGCCAAUUAGUCAAAUUGUAAAUACAAAUAGCAACAACAGCAACAACAGCGGCAGCAGCAGCACCACCACCAGCAGGAGUAGUAACGAUCCAGCUGGCAGUAAUUAUCGCGAUAUGCCGAAGCACCGCAAAGCGGACGCCUAUGAAUAUGAUGUUAUUAACAAUAAAAACAACAACAACAACAAUAAUGARAAUAUUAAUAAAAAUUACAACCACAACAACACGGCUGUCAACAUCAUACUAAGUGAUUAUAGUGAAGCCUUCGCCAGCCUGGUGGCCGCGGGGCCACUAAAUGACGCCAACAACAACAACACCAGCAGCAGCAGCAACAGCAACAGCGCCGAGAGUGCCACACUCAACAAUGUUACUACAGCAUUGCCGGCCGGCGCAGUGUCUAAUGAUGAUGAUGCGCCGUUCGAGCUGUCCGAUGAGCUGUUGGAUAGCCUGCGUGGCACGCACAGCUUGCCGCAGCAACCGAUGUAUACGAACGACUUUGCGGUGCACAUACCAGCUGGCAGGCAAAUGGCCGACUUAAUUGCCAAUAAAUAUGGAUUCAUCAACGAAGGCCAGGUUGGUUCCUUAAAAGACUACUAUCUCUUCCACCAUCGUCGUGUCGUUAAGCGUUCUUUGCGUAUCAGUAGCGAACACCAUAGCGCCUUAAAUUCCGAACCCGAGGUCCGAUGGAUGCAGCAACAGCAUGAAAAGUUGCGUAAAAAACGUGAUGGUUCCUAUACCACUCUACCAGGCUACAGCCCUUACGAUGUGAUACGACCCGGCGCAGGUUUUGUCAGCGCACCAGGUUCCCGCCUAGCAUAUCACCCGACUGCGUCAGCGCGCAGCAGCUCGGCUUUAUUGUCACGCGCUUCACGCAUACAAUAUCGCGCUGUCACAUCGCAUAACAUCUUUCCCGAUCCUCUUUUCAAGGAACAGUGGUACUUGAAUAGUGGCGCCAAAGAUGGUCUCGAUAUGAAUAUCGGGCCCGCCUGGCAAAAAGGCUACACCGGCAAAGGCGUUGUUGUUUCCAUACUCGACGACGGCAUACAAACGAAUCAUCCUGACCUUGCACAAAAUUACGACCCUGAUGCAUCUUUCGAUAUUAACGGUAACGAUUCGGAUCCCACACCACAAGAUAACGGUGACAACAAACACGGCACCAGAUGUGCAGGUGAAGUGGCGGCGGUUGCAUUUAACAACUAUUGCGGUGUAGGCGUGGCAUAUAAUUCGAGUAUUGGCGGCGUCCGCAUGUUGGAUGGCAAAGUGAAUGAUGUGGUCGAGGCGCAGGCAUUGAGUUUAAAUCCAUCACAUAUUGACAUCUACAGCGCCUCUUGGGGUCCCGAGGACGACGGCUCAACUGUUGACGGACCUGGGCCGUUGGCGCGGCGCGCUUUCAUCUAUGGCGUCACCAGUGGGCGACAAGGCAAAGGUUCCAUAUUCGUUUGGGCGUCGGGCAAUGGUGGUCGCUACACGGAUUCGUGCAAUUGUGAUGGCUAUACGAAUUCCAUUUUCACACUGUCCAUUUCGAGUGCAACACAAGGCGGUUACAAACCCUGGUACCUGGAGGAAUGCUCUUCCACACUCGCCACCACUUACAGCUCCGGCACGCCAGGCCAUGAUAAAAGCGUUGCCACCGUCGAUAUGGAUGGACGCCUGCGACCCGAUCACAUAUGCACUGUCGAACACACUGGCACUUCCGCCUCUGCGCCACUAGCUGCAGGCAUCUGCGCACUCGCACUCGAAGCCAAUCCGAAUCUCACUUGGCGUGAUAUGCAAUAUCUCGUAGUCUAUACCUCACGUCCCAGUCCGUUGGAGAAGGAAAGUGGUUGGAUUUUGAAUGGUGUCAAGCGAAAGUACAGUCACAAGUUCGGUUAUGGGCUGAUGGAUGCUGGCGCCAUGGUUAGUUUGGCCGAGCAAUGGACAACUGUACCGCCGCAGCAUAUUUGCAAGUCGCGUGAAAAUAAUGAAGAUCGUAAAAUUGAGGGUUCGUACGGCUAUACGCUGGCCACGCACAUGGAUGUGAAUGGUUGUGCGGGCACGAUCAAUGAAGUACGCUAUCUGGAGCAUGUACAGUGUCGCAUCACUUUGCGUUUCUUCCCGCGUGGCAAUCUACGCAUACUGCUCACUUCGCCAAUGGGUACGACCAGCACGCUGCUGUUCGAGCGACCACGUGACAUUGUCAAGUCGAACUUUGAUGAUUGGCCUUUCUUGAGUGUGCACUUCUGGGGCGAAAAAGCCGAAGGACGCUGGACACUGCAAGUGAUAAAUGGCGGACGUCGACACGUCAAUCAGCCAGGCAUACUCUCCAAGUGGCAACUGAUCUUUUACGGCACCGCUGUGCAGCCUAUGCGUUUAAAGAGCGAUCUGAUGCAGCAACAGAUGCGCGUUUCGGCCGGCAUUAAUCCUUACACCUAUCCAACCGAGUCGGAUUUGGGUCAACCACCUAACGAGGGUGGCUACUAUAAUGCCGAUCAAUUUGCUGGUUAUCUGAAUUUCCAAAAUCUCUUCACCGGCGCUGGCUCGAAUCCUGAACAAGCGGUCGCUACGGUGGAUGGCCACAAUAUACCCACACCUCAGCGCCAGAACGUGAUGGCUGACUCGAAUAACAAGCUAGUUUUGCACGAUUGUGAUCCCGAGUGUGAUUCACAGGGUUGCUAUGGCCGUGGCCCGACACAAUGCGUUGCCUGCAAGCAUUAUCGGCUGGACAACACCUGUGUCAGCCGCUGUCCACCGCGUUCCUUUCCCAAUCAGGGCGGCGUUUGCUGGCCUUGUCAUGAGUCUUGCGAAACGUGCGCUGGUGCUGGACAGGAUAGCUGUCUGACAUGUGCGCCAGCUCAUCUGCAUGUCGUCGAUCUGGCUGUGUGUCUGCAAGUCUGUCCGGAUGGUUACUAUGAAAAUUAUGACAACAAAACAUGUGUGCCAUGCGAAGCUAACUGCGCCUCGUGCCAAGAUCGUCCUGACUAUUGCACCAGCUGUGAGCAUCAUUUGGUUAUGCACGAACAUAAAUGUUACUCGGCUUGCCCUCUCCAUACAUACGAAACCGAAGAUUACAAUUGCGCGUCGUGCCAUUCAUCUUGUGCCACUUGCAAUGGUUCCGCCGAAUCGCAAUGCAUCACGUGUCGUUCGGGUCGCUUUGCCUACGACGGCAAAUGUUUAAACAAUUGCCCGGACGGUUACUAUGCGGACAAAAAACGUCAAGAAUGCGUUGCGUGCCCCAUCGGUUGUGCAACAUGUAGCAGCAAUGGAUUUUGCUUGACGUGUCGCGAAAAUUGGACGCGCAACAAGAAGGGCAAAUGCAUUGUCACCGGCAGUGAGAAUUGCGAUGAAUCCGAGUACUACGACAACAACCACUGUCAUCCCUGUCACUCCACGUGCGAAACCUGCGAUGGACCCACCGAAACGAAUUGCCUCUCGUGUCCGCAAAGUCUACUGCUCCAAUCGAGUCGUUGCGUCAGCAGCUGUGACGACGGCUUCUACAUGGAGGCGGGCGUGUGCGCCAAGUGCUUGCACACCUGCACACAGUGCGUGUCGCGCAUGAACUGCACCGCCUGCGCCAAGGGAUUGCAGCUGCAGAGCGGCGAGUGUCGCACAACCUGUGCUGAUGGCUACUACAGCGAUCGUGGCACCUGCGCCAAGUGUUACCUCAGCUGUCACACCUGCAGCGGACCGCGACGCGACCAAUGCGUUCAGUGUCCGUUAGGUUGGCAGCUGGCCGGCGGCGAGUGUCACCCGGAGUGUCCGGAGGGUUUCUACAAAUCCGAGUUUGGCUGUCAGAAGUGUCAUCAUUAUUGCAAAACUUGCAACGGCGCCGGCCCACUCGCCUGCACUUCCUGCCCGCUGCAUUUCAUGCUCGACGGCGGCCUGUGCAUGGAGUGCCUGGGGUCGCAGUAUUACGACUCGCCCACGCAAACGUGCAAAACCUGCCAUGACUCGUGCCGUUCCUGCUCCGGCCCCGGCCAGUAUUCGUGCAAAACGUGCGCUUUCCCAUUGCAUUUGGACCGUUUGAAUAAUCAAUGUGUGCCGUGUUGUCCCACCGAUGCGGCACCGGAGGAUCAGUCAUGCUGUCAUUGUGAUAAGGAUACCGGCGGCUGCAUCAAUGCCUCGCCGGCGGGCAAGCGUCGCAUCGCCGCCGCUGCUGAGCAACAACAGUUCGGCAGCGCUUACAGUGGUGGUCUGUAUGGUGGCUUUUUGGAUGAGGAUGCGUCCGGUAAUGUAGGCAGUUUCUUUUCGCGUAUGAGCUCACCGCUGACUGCAAUUACGGCUGUUGCUGUGGCCGUCUGUCUGACGAUUGUUACCAUUGUUGUGGUCGUUUUUGCUGUGCUACAGCGCUCAAGCAAUGCUCGCGAUGCCAUUCGCUACAACAAAAUACCAAAUAAAUCGGAGAAGAAACGAGGCGGCGGAGGUGGACCACGAAAUGCGGCAGCAGCCAAGCUACUCAAAGCAGAUGCCGAAUCAAAUCAGAACGAGGGCGCAGCUAAUGAUGAUUACGACGAGGACGAGGAGGAAGAGGACGAUGAUGGUUACGGCUAUCGCGAUGAUUGCGACGAAGUGAAUGAGCGGUCAGCAAUGGAUACCGAAGAGGUGUACGUCAACGAACUGGAUAUGCCAACGGUAGACUACAGAGGCAAAGUAGUUGCAACAGCAACAAAAACAACACCAAAAAGCGCAACAGCCACAGCGAAGUCGGUGGCAGGCAACUCAGCAAUGCUGGGUGAUAUCGACGACAUCGAAUACUAUUGUCGCGGCACGAAAGCAAUACUGCAACAACAACAACAACAGCAGCAACAGUCACUAAUAACUGGCGCAACGACUGCUGCUAGCGACAGCGUACACGAGAUAAAUGAGCUGCAACAAAUUAUGCGUCAGCAGCGCAAAACGGGCGGCAACAACAACAGCAGCAAAAACAACGCCAGCAACGGUAGCCUGAACCGCAAUGUGCCACCACGAUUGCCAUUUCUGAAACGCAUCGAAACGCAACGGCAACAACAACAACAACAACAGGUGACGCCAAAUGGCGGUUUGAAGCGCUCACCGACAGCGUCGACGGCGACGGCGGCGACAACCAACAACCGUGUGCUGAGCACCAACGAAAGGACAUAGGAGUAAAGCACGCGUUGCGUUGUUAACAAGCAAGUAAUGUAAUUGCGUUUGUGAUUGUGUAUAAAGCGACAACAAAAACAAAAACAAAAAAACUGAAAAUUGUAAAAAAAUUAGUAGCUAAAAGCCUUUUAUUAGUAAAAUGAUUUAUAUAUAUAUAAAUUCACUAAACUGAAAAGUAGAAGAAACGAAAAGGUAGAAUAAUGAAAGCAACUAUUUAAGUGGAAUUAGUGCGUACUGAGGUAUUAGGGUGCGCAUAAUUAUAAAUAUAAACAUAUAUAAAUGAAUGCUAAACCAUAAUAGUAAUAGCAAUAAGUGAUGAUAUCGGGUACGUUAACAAAACUUUUACAAAAGCCACGAUUUUUUAUUCGAUUUGAAAAGUAAAUUUUUCUGAAAAAAUUUUGAAAAUUACUAAAAAGUUUUAGUCUGAACAGAAACUACGUAAAAGCAUGCUACAACAAAGUGCUUUUGCGGAUAUGUAAAAAAGAAAUUAAUGCAAAUAAUUUGUGUUUCUGUUGUUAAUUCUAUUUCUGUUAGUAAUUCAGUUACCCUUUUCUGUGAAGCAUUAUGUUUGUACGGUUACGUAUGCAAAUUUUUGAAACAAAUAAUUUCUCUUUCUGGUCAAAUUCAGUUUCCGUUGUUAAUUCUGUUUCUGUUAAAAAUUCUGUUUUUCUUCGUAAACCUUUUUCUGCUUAUAAAUUUGUUGCUGAUCGCUUCUUGGCUUACACGCAUAUCUGUCUAUGCAGUUUUAACUGCGCUUAUUCAUAUGCGUACAUCUCUCUAUAGAAAUAGGAGCAGAAAACAAUAAUAUGAAAACUUACUUUUGCAACAGAAAACAUCUAAAUUUUAUUUAUGGCUUAUUAAUGGAUGUACGAGUAUUGCUUGUUUGCUCAUUUAUUUCGGCCCAAUAUCUCAAGAUUUAUGUAUGAUAUAUGUUUUAUUUUUUUCCACAACAACAACUAAAUAUUAAUAACUACAACCUAAAACAGCAAAAAUAUUAACCACAAACUAUCCACGUGUAAAUAAUUUAAAAAAAAGUAUAUACUACAUAUAAACUUAAAACAUAUAAACUUUCUAACUGCUUGUGUGCAGACUUUGCAAGCAGAAAAUUGAGGUCACCGUGUCACCAGAAACAAAAGAAAAAACUCACUUUGCACUACCAAUACUUUCCACCAAUUUUUUUCUUGAAAACUUUUAUAAAAAAAUACGAAAUAAUAUAAUAAAAUCAAAAUUUGCAGUUCACUUGCACCUCUAAGCUAAACUAUACAACGCUGCUUUCAUUGGUUAUAAUUUUGUAUAUAUAUUUAAAUGUAAAAUGCCUAUUUUAGUUAGCUCUUUUAUAUAUUAAAAAUAAUAUUUUUUUUAGUAAUUUUAUGGGCUGCUGUAACUUUAUUCAGCGCCUGCAUCUUUUAGUAAAGCCUAUUUUGUUGUAAUUUCCUUUACCCUUUAUUUCUAAUGCACUGUCUGUAUGCUAAAUAUCUUAUAAAAAUGUUCUCUAUUAUUUA